UCGUGGUUGGAACGACAAGGAGAACCAGUGGGUCGACCUCCCUCCCCCAGCGAACUGGAAGCCGGCCGAUUCGAAGAGGAUGCGAAGAGAUCAAUUCAUUUAUAUGAGUCAGCUGGCCGGCGCUUUCAAGACGUUGUCCUUUAUUCUCGACAUGAUUCGCCAAUGGCGAUCCAAACGAGGAUCACUCAGAUCCGAUCUACCUACAUUCAAGUAUGGGCGACAUGCACCGAUGUGCUUGGAUGUCCCAUCGCUACGCUGCCGCCGCCGCACGGAGGAUGCAAAGAAAGAAAAGAGGCCAGUUCCAAAGAUAACAAUCAAAGGAUGAAGGGAAGGAUGACCACGGCGGUAAUUAGUUCCAUUCCAUGCAGAGUUUUUCCCUUCUGUUUUCAACUAGAGCGAUGCACAAUUGAGGGGCUCGAUAUCAGCGUCGCCACGCCCGCCCUGCUCACCGCCAUUUUCUCCAGCAUCACCCUCAUUUUCGCGUUGAACAAUCAAAGGACCAGCGUUUCUGUGUCGCCAAUUGCAACGGCAGAAAGUUCCCUUCCGGGCCUGGUGCCUGCAGCGGCACUGCAAUCCUCGAUCUGUCCCGUCUGUUCGUUUUGCAACCGCUACCCGCGCGUAACCAAAGUCAAAGGACACAGCUCAAUACGACGCGAGGUGAAGUGGGACGAGACGAAACAAGUUAAGACGAGGGGUCAAUUCAUCUGUCGCUCGUUCUGCGUAACCCGUUGCUGCUAUAUGUACAUGUAUGCACAUGGGCUUCCAGGGUCCUGUGGUGUUGUGUCGCAUCUCCAUUACAUGUACCUGUACAGCUAUCAUAGCACUGCGAGUACAUACAAUUCUCGACCGAGCAUCCGUCACCGCUGGCUCGUGGUCAAGUGCAAUUGUGAUGCCCCGCCCACCUGCGUGUGUGUCCUCGUCCUUUCCACCGGUGCCAGCCAGCGAGAGAGGCCGUUGUUUCGUCUAGCUCGGUCCUACCGAGUACCUACCAUUCCCACACUUCUUCUCUGUCAUCCGGAUGGCCUGUGUCGACCGUACUAG